CAGCGCCGCUCACCCUAUCCCGGGCCGCCGCGGGGACUGACUGACGGGAGCUCAGAGGUCCCAGUCCGACAGCGCCGGGACCAGGCCGCAGAGCGCUGGCGAGAGCGGCCCGGGCCAGCUUAUGGAACAUGUCCUCUCCGUACUGCAUCUCACUGGCAGAUGUUGAAGCUGCACAGUCAAGUCUCCAUGGUCUUAUCCACCUCACCCCCAUCCUAACCAGUUCCAGCCUAGACAAGUUAGCCGGCCACAGACUCUUCUUCAAGUGUGAGCUCUUCCAGAAGACUGGUUCCUUUAAGAUCCGAGGCGCACUGAAUGCUGUCAGAAGUCUGGUUCGUGCAGCCCAGGGUGACAGAGAGCAGCCCAAGGCUGUUGUGACACACAGUAGUGGAAACCAUGGCCAAGCUCUUGCCUUUGCAGCUAAAGUGGAAGGGAUUCCUGCCUAUGUCGUGGUGCCUCACACAGCGCCACUCUGUAAGAAAGCUGCCAUCUGCUCCUAUGGAGCCAGGCUGAUAUUAUGUGAGCCCACUGACGAGUCCCGAAUGGAGGUGGCAGCUCGGACAGUUCAGGAGAAGGAAGGUGUGAUGGUGCACCCCAAUCAGGAUCCUGCUGUGAUUGCAGGCCAAGGCACUAUAGCACUGGAGGUACUGCAGCAGGUACCCCAAGUGAAUGCACUGGUGGUUCCCGUUGGAGGAGGAGGAAUGGUUGCUGGAAUAGCAGUGGCUGUCAAGGCUUUGAGACCAGACAUAAGAGUGUAUGCUGCUGAACCAUGCAAUGCAGAUGACUGCUACAGGUCAAAGGUGACAGGGGAACUCACCCCCAACCGCCACCCCCCUGACACCAUAGCAGACAGUGUUAAAACCAGCAUUGGACCGAACACCUGGCCUAUCAUUAAGGAUUUGGUGGAUGAUGUGCUGACAGUCACAGAAGAGGAGAUCCAGCAAGCAACACAGCUGGUGUGGGAGAGGAUGAAGCUGCUUAUUGAGCCAACAGCUGGAGUGGGAGUGGCUGCUGUGCUCUCUGAGCAGUUCCGCUCAGUCUCCCAGGAAGUGAAGAACAUUUGCAUUGUACUGUGUGGAGGAAACAUAGACCUAGGUUCCCUGGCCUGGCUCAGCCCACCUGGCAAAGAGGCAAAUGGAAAUUGAUCAGCCUUGAGAGCCACUUCUCCAAGGAGUGAGGAACUGGGCUGUUUCUUAGAGCCUGGUGCUGUGUUUGCACAGUGGGGCCUCUAGGAGUUACUGUAAUAAUAAAAAACAACAUGAGCAAAA